AUGGUUGGCUGCGAUGAAAGACAGCCUGGCUGUGCAAGAUGCGAGAGAUACGGCAUGCCUUGCCCCGGCUAUGACCGCUCCUUCAAGUUCAUUGAGGGCAAACCAUACCGACAACGGCGUCGUCGCCCGGACUCAGAGUCGGACGACGCUCAAACGGACAGUUCGACAGCAGAUACGCCACAGGGGAGCCUGGCAGCCAGCCAGAUGUUAAUGGAAAGGACCUCGUCACCAACAUCAUCAUUGGACUCUCCAGCGUCAAAUGUUUUGCAAACCCUCAGCAUUAUGAUAUAUGAUAUCUCCUACCCAUUUGCUCCUAGCCCAACCCACAACUUCUUCCGCUGGUUUUCUUUCCUGCCAGCUAUCUAUGGGGAGAACCAGACCCUAGAUGCAACGAUCAGAUGCUUCACCGCGAACCAUUGUGGAAGAGUUAUUCAAGAUGAACAGAUGGUUCGGUUUUCCAGGUCUGCCUAUGGGGAAGCUCUGCACAGACUGCGAAGGUCGUUGCAAAACCCCGAGGAAAGCUUCUCUUCUCACAUAUUCUGUGCUGUGCUUUUCACAGACACCCACGAUCCAGAGUCGUGGAUGAAACAUGCGGGAGGGCUCAGUCAUUUGGUCAAAAUAAGGGGCCCUGCCCGUUAUAGGAACGAGUUCGACAAUGCUCUAUUCAAGCAUGCUCGAGGAUUGAUUGUGAUGCACUCCAUGUUUUCUGGUCAACCCUGCUUCCUAGCCUCAUCUAACUGGCACGAGAUGAUGCAAGAACAAUAUACAUCCGACGUACCGCUCCACCUGCACAACAUCCUUGAACAGUUCUUCGCCUAUUUUACAUUCACACCGAGUCUCAUCCACAGGCUCUACAGCCUCAGAGAUCCAGAUAUGACAAAGGAAAAGGCAAUGCAGAUAAUAUCCGAACUUGAACCCGACGCCCUCGAUAUGAAACUCAAGAUAGAGGCAUGGUACGAGCAAUUUUCGCAGCUCGCUCCCCCACCCACGGAAAUACCCUCUUCGUUGAAUGACUCUCUGUUCCCCAUGGUUUUCACCUUCUCGGAUGUGAUGUUGUCCACUAUAUACACUGGCUACUACUCUUACAUGGUGAUUAUACAUGAGAUCCUGAGGGUGUGUGGCCAGGCUGGGCCGCAUGACAGUAUGGUUGCCUAUUUCUGUGAUCAGAUUUGCAAGUCGGUCGAGUACAGCAGCACUGGCUUACUUGGGCCAUAUCGCAUUGGAUUUCCUCUACGCGUGGCUAUUGAAGUCGCGGACGCCGAGACCCGGGCUUGGAUUAUGGGUCGACUGCAGGAAUUUUCCAAGAUAUAUGCUGCUGCACAGCCAAAGAACUUUGAGACUAUUUCACAGUCACCAACUCUUUCAGAGGUUGGUUGA